CUACAUACAGUAUGUUUACAAAAGUUUUGUUUAUUAAUAGAGAAAGUCUCAGUUAAGUUGGAUGUGCUUUAGUUCAUAUAAUUUAUCAAACUGAUAAAAUGUUUAUAGAAACAUGUAUUGCGCCUGUGAAUAUGGCACUAAUUAAAUACUGGGGAAAACGUGAUGAAGAGCUAAUAUUGCCUAUUAACGAUUCACUGAGUAUGACCUUAAGUACCAAAGAGAUGUGUGCCAAAACAACAGCAGCGGCAUCGCCUAAUUUUAAACAGAAUAGGAUGUGGUUGAAUGACGAAGAUGUAUCUUUUGACGACAAUCCAAGAGUACUGCGCUGUUUAAAAGAAAUACAACGUUUGGCUAUUGCUAGGUCUGACUUAAAAUUUCCAAUUGAUUGGAAACUACAUGUUGUUUCUCGUAAUAAUUUUCCAACAGCAGCUGGUCUGGCAUCUAGUGCAGCUGGGUAUGCCUGUCUAGUAUAUACUUUAGCAUGUCUGUAUGGUGUUGAAAAUGAAGAGCUUACAUCUAUUGCACGCCAAGGUAGUGGAUCUGCUUGCAGAAGUUUGUAUGGUGGUUUUGUAAGAUGGAAUAUGGGAACUAAAGCUGAUGGUACUGAUUCUCUGGCAGUACCAGUUGCACCACAAUCACAUUGGCCCAAUAUGCAUGUACUUAUAUUAGUUGUAAAUGAUGCAAAAAAGAAAACGAGUUCGACUAAAGGCAUGAAACGUGCUCUUGAAACUAGCGACUUAAUAGCACACCGUGCCAAACAUUGUGUACCUGAACGGAUUAAAGCAAUUACAAGUGCAAUUAAAAAUCAAGACUUCUGUAGUUUUGCAGAACUUACAAUGAAAGAUUCAAAUCAAUUCCAUGCUAUUGCUUUAGACACUUUCCCACCAUGUGUCUAUAUGAAUGAUGUUUCUCAUGCUAUAGUGGAAUUUGUACACUUAUUCAACAAAAUUUUAGGUAGCACUGUGGUCGCCUACACAUUUGAUGCCGGUCCAAACGCUUGCUUAUAUGUACUAGAAGAAAACGUUUCACAAGUGCUUUCAGCCAUUCAGAUUAGUUUUCCAAAUGAUGCCGCCAACAAUGUAGAAUAUCUUAAAGGUAUACCGGUUGAAUAUAGUAAAACUGAGCACAAUAUUCUAAAUGGAAAUGCGGUUUUUACAACCAAUCGUAAAAAUCUCCUUAAGUACAUCAUACACACAAAAGUUGGCGAUGGAGCUAAGAAACUUGGAAAAGAAGAAGCUCUGCUGAACCCAACUGACGGCUUACCUAUGAAAAAAUAAAGUAGUGCGAACUUUAAAAAACAAAUUUAUAUAAUAAAGCGAAAUGCCAAGAAGAAUUUU